UGAAAACAUUUUUUAUCACGGACGCUGUUUUUUACGUUGUUUACGCUUUUUAUUCUAUCUUCCAUGGCGGGUGGACCUGUUGUGUUGUUUACCUCUAACGUUUGUUGAUGUUGGUGUUCUUCUCAACGCGCGUCGGUUCCUUAAUUCUCAAGGUUUUUAGAAUAUUAUUCACAUCCCUUAGUGAAUUCUAACAUUGUUGCGGUGUUAACUUUAUUUUUACGCGCAUAAAGAUCAAAUAAGAAAUCUAACGUGUGUACCGACACCUCAAUCGUCAGUUUUUUGUUAAUGAUUUUUUAACCGAACUCGUGGUUGCUCCGGUUCGAUCACACGAAGUGUAGUCUUGACGGUUUAUCGUGUUUUACAGUUUCGCAAAUUAUCGAUAAUAUUUAGGUACCUUUGUACGCUACCUAUUUUAUGUCGAUAUCGUGAAAAACGUACGGGUGUAUAUUGUGUGUGUGUUCCACUUCCAAUACGCCGCUACAAAUCGUCUUGUUGUUUUAUCAUUUAGCUGGUUAUUCUACAUAUUAAAAUAACCAUGGAAGAAAACAAUUCUAAAUCUAUUGAGAAUGAAGUUUCAAAAAUAAACACUGAAGAAGUUAACUCUGAAAAAGUUAACAUUGAAGAAGUUAACAUUUCAGAAUAUAAUGGUAUAGAAGAAAUGCAAAAAAAUCAAGAUUGUCUAUUGGAAAAAAAACAAUUUUUACCAUAUGGUGUUGGACCAGUUGUUGAUUGUGAAAUUGAUGAUGAUAGUGAUGAACCUGAUUAUAUAAGAUAUGCAAGCAGACCAAAAAGAUUUAAAAUUCGCACAAGAAAACUAAAAACUCGACCAAAACAAAAAAGAUUUUUGCCAUAUGGUGUUGGACCAGUUGUUGAUUGUGAAAUUGAUGAUGAUAGUGAUGAACCCGAUUAUUUAAGUUAUGCUAGAAUACCAAGAUUUAACCGCAUGAAAAUUACCAGUACCUCUACAUCAAAAGAAGAUGCAGUACCAUAAAAACAAUUUGUAAAACCAUAACUUUUUAAUCAAACUUUGUAUUAAUUAUCCUAUUUUUUGUAAAAUGUAUAAUAUGUCUAAAAUACCAUUCUUAUUAUAUAUUUUUGUUGAGGUAUUUUUUACUUAUUUUGUUAGUAUUAAG